AUGGGUUGCACUCCUGAUCAGAAGGUUCGGUAUGUGACUCACAUGCUAGCCGUCGAGGCGGAUGAUUGGUGGCUAGAGACCCAUAGGAGGUUGGAGGCUAAUGGAAAUAAGUAUGUUGUGGAGUAUGCUGCCGAGUUUGGUGAAUUGGCUAAGUUUGACCAAUAUUAUGAAGGACCGAAUGGUGAGCUUUCCAAGUGCAUUAAGUUUGAGAAUGGUUUGCGUCUGGAAAUCAAGAAGGCGGUUAGUUAUCAGAAGAUUUGUAUCUUCCCUGAUUUGGUGGAUAGUUGUCGGAUUUAUAAGGAAGACAACAAUGCUCAUUAUCGUGUGAUUAAUGAGAAGAGGAGUAAGAGUCAACAAGGCCGUGGCAAGCCUUAUGAAGCUUCAAAUGGAAAGGGGAAGCAGAAAGUUAGUGAUGGCGAGAAGACUAGUGGGGGAGACGCUCCUGCUGGUAUUGUGUGCUUCAAGUGUGGUAAGGUUGGUAAUAAAAGCACGUCGUGCAACGUUGAUGCUAGAAGAUGCUACGGUUGUGGGAAGUUUGGUCAUGCGUUGUCUGAAUGUACGUAUAAGGAUAUGUCUGUAAGGUUUUAUUCUCCUAAAGAAGAAGGUGUUAAGUUGUUGUCAUCCAGGCAGAUGCGUGUGUUGAUGAAAGAAGAUGUUCAAGUGUUUUCUUUGGUUGCUUCGAUGUCCGUUGAGAAUCAAACUAUAAUAGAAGAGUUGAAGGUGGUGUGCGAAUUUCCUGAAGUUUUCCCUGAUGAAAUUCCUGAUGUGCCGCCAGAGAGAGAAGUUGAUUUCUCCAUUGAUCUUGUACCUGAAGCAGUUGUAAGAAUUGCUCGAGAAGACAUUUGUGAGACCUAG